AUGUCUAACGCAUCAAUUGCAGUCNUGAUUGGCUACUCAUAUACGCGUUACUACAAGGCUCUGAUCUUGAGAAAGAUGGAACAUGCCUUUGCGCCUGGUCUGAUUCAUGCACUUUUGAAAAUCUCUCGCAGGGCUAAUGCACGUCUAGGCGACCCAGUUUUAGAACUUGCCGCCAUGUCCAAGAGCGAAGAUGGUCAUCGAGAACACUGGAUCCUUCGUGAAGAGCAAACCAAACUCGAUGCGAUUGUUCGUGGUGAGCUUAAAGGACAGUACUAUCUCAUAGUAGGCGAAAAGGGUACUGGAAAAAGCUCCAUGCUUAUCGAUGCCAUGGCCAAGAUUGAGGGUGAAGGUGUUGCAAUGUUUGAUGCCCAUUCCGAUCUUGAGAUCUUUCGCGUACGCUUGGGCAAAGCCCUUGAUUUUGAGUAUCACGAGGACAACAUCGGAUCUCUCUUCUCAAUUCGCGGCCCUCGUGAUGCUUCUGCCUUGCUCGAUAUAGAGAGAGCGUUCAACAAGCUGGAGAAGGUGGCGUUGCGUAGGAGAGCAACUGUUGGAAGACCGCUCAUCAUGAUCAUUAACAACAUGCAUUUGCUGCGAGACGACGAGGACGGACGUGAUCUUCUCGAGUUGCUGCAACAAAGAGCCGGUUCUAACCUGGCCACUAUAAUCUUCAACAGCGACGAUUAUUGGGUCUACGAAAGACUUAAGCAGCUGGCAACACGUAUGGUGGUCAUGCCAGUUCCUGAUUUACCGCGAGACAAAGCCAUGAUGGCCUUAUCCAACUACCGGGCAAGAUACCAUAGUGACAAGCCUCUGGAUUCGGAAAUACUCGAACAGGUCUAUCAGAAAGUGGGAGGCAGACUUGCUUUCCUCAAUCGUGUCGCAAAGUCUCCCGACAUGCUUCAAACCUGCGAAGAUAUUUGUCGCGCAGAAAAGACUUGGCUUCUAUCACAGACCUGGAUUCUAGGCGAAGAGAUGGACGACGAUGUUAUGGACCAACAAAAAUAUGCCGUGACUGCAAUGGUCCUAGCAAAGGCCUUGGUAGACAAGGAGAAGGAGGAUAAUCUGGAGUACGACCAGGAGAAGGGCCAUAUGCUACCCCAGAUUCCCUUACACAAGGCGAGGCAGAUCAUGACGCGUGCCGAUUUCAUUCAGAGUUACGACGCCAUCAAUAUCUUCACAAUCGACAGCAAGGCCAUGGUAAGAGCUGAUUCGGUCCCAAUGAUGAAUGCUUUCCGAGAAAUUUGCGCCGAGGAGGGCUUCGAUGAAUACUUGGAAGCAACUCUGGACCGCAUCUCUGCUAUUGAGUCGUUGGGACGUACUCGUGAACUGACGAUCAAAGAUUUAUGGGUUGGUCACUAUUGCUUAUCGCUCAAGAUCCUGAACUAA